GGGCGGUACCACGUGAUCAGUAAUGGCGUUCUCCAGUUCUUCCCGACUGUUAACGAGAUCAGUACUCGUUGGUCUUCUUCGAAGAGGAUGCUGUCUUGAACCCUGCAGGUUCUCCCCAACGCCACCGUGUCAGCAACAUCGCCGCUUCUUCUGGAGAAAGUGGAAAAACUCCCACUUUCACAGUGUAGUUCGCCCUGCUACUGUCAGGCCUGCCUAUGCAGUACCAAAGCACAUUGUGCGCCCAGAUUACGUCGGCACUGGACUGGUCCCGGAAUGGCCUGACUACAUAGAAAUAAAAAACACAGAGCAGAUCGAAGGCCUUGCCAGAGCCUGCCAGCUAGCUCGACAUGUGCUGCUACUAGCCGGACGCAGUUUGAAAGUUGGUAUGACAACGGAUGAAAUAGACUUCAUUGUACAUCAGGAGAUUAUCCGGCACAACGCCUACCCCUCCCCUCUCAAAUACGGGGGUUUCCCAAAAUCGGUUUGUACGUCUGUGAACAACGUGGUGUGUCAUGGCAUACCUGACAGUCGGCCACUUCAAGAUGGCGACAUUAUCAACAUUGAUGUCACUGUGUAUUUGGAUGGUUACCAUGGUGACACAUCGGAAACCUUCUUAGUCGGCCAGGUGGAUGAGGUUGGGCGGCGACUGGUUAAAACAGCGAGGCGCUGCCGAGAUGAAGCUAUCGCUGCCUGCAAGCCGGGUGCACAGCUUUGUGUUAUUGGGAACACUGUUAGUGAAAUAGCUCAAGCCAAUGGAUUCCAAGUGUGUCCUUAUUUCAUUGGACACGGUAUCGGCUCCUACUUUCAUUGCCAUCCUGAAAUCUGGCACCAUGCAAAUGACAAUGACAUGACCAUGGAUGAAGGCAUGGCUUUCACAAUAGAACCCAUACUGAUGGAGGGGUCUACAGAGUUUAAAAUAUUAAAAGAUAAGUGGACAGCGGUGUCUGCAGACGACAAAAGGUCGGCUCAGUUUGAACACACGGUGGUUAUCACAGCUGAUGGAGUGGAAAUUCUCACCGAAUUGCCAGAAGAGAAUAAUCAGUGACCUGAAGAGAUUUAACUGUGAACUGUUUACCUGUUAAAACUUGAAUUGUUACGCAUCAGGACAAAUGUGCAAUUCCCACCUGUAAGACACACUUGAAUACAUCAUAUUUCACAUUUCAAAUUAAUUUGUUCCACCCUUUGCAGCAGACUUUUUAAAAUCAGCCUUUAAAAUGUAGCAGUUUUACAGUUGACUUAUGUGGUUAGUUUAUAACAGCACAACUCUCUUGUGAAUAAACCUCUAUAAGCAAGUUUUUAAUAAAACUACACCUCUCCACUUUAUUCAUUUAUUGUACUGUUAUUUUGUAUGUAACAUGCACCAUACAUUAAGUCUAAAUCAAUUUGUUCCUAUUUUUUUAAAAGCUACACCCCCAUUUUCUGAAAUAGUGUCUGGGGACAUUUAUUUACUCAACUACAGAGAGUACAAAGCAUUACUUAAAGAAAGGCAUUUAUUCUGUUUGUGUGUUCUUUUGAUUGUUGUGUAACUCAUCUACCUAAAGCUACCUACAGGUAUGUAUGCGUUUUUUUUUUUCUUCAAAUAAACAUAAGAACACCACCACAAGCUAGCAUAUGUUACCAGUAAUGGUUUAAAAGAACAAAUUGUCAAAAAAAAAAAAAUGUCUUUUUCACAAUUACGAAUUAAACUGCAUAAAAAUUGGUGUUGUUUGGCCGGGGGUACGCUGACUGGA